AUGCCUGGUUCCCGACCUCGCAACGGCGCUCAGGACAACGCCGGCCUUGAUACCGCGAAUAUCACUCGCUUCUUGUGGGAUGACGAAGAAGGCGGCGGCAAUUCGCACUACAACGCCAGUGACAUGGGCUUUCCUACGCUCACCCGCACAGAGGAUCAAAUCCUUUCUGCAUCUUCGGCUGCGCUGGAUCUUGCCCUCUCAUCGUCGCCUAACCCUGAAACAUCUUCGCACAACUGGAGCACUUCGAUUAACCGUCAUCGCCCACAGCAGAGCCUUUCGGCCCUAAACGGACCAUCCUCUUCCACCUUGGGCACACUUGGUCACCGGCCUGCGUCGCUUCGUCAGUCUCUUGACUUGAACUACAUUGCCGAAAACUCUGAGAACGCGCCUGGCAGCACCACGCCCACGCAAGCAAGCCACACCAUGGCAGCUCCAAGACUCCAGAGCUCCUACUCUUCCAACGAUGUACCAACCGUCAAGAGCCCGACAGGAUCUACUUCCGGCAAUGCUAACAAUCACGCCCAGCAGCAUUUCCACAACCACAAUGCUAGUAUCGGCCGCAUUCCGACGGGCGUUCUCUCUUCCUCGCGAGGACACAGCCGCCAGCUCUCUCAAGAGACAAACACCAACGGUAACGCCGAGCAGCCGGCGAACACUUACCCGUCCAUUCAGUCGACUCUGCACGCCAACGCGCCCGUCUUUGGACCUGGAUCCGGAACUUCCCAAAACAUGAAUGGGCAGCAAUUGCCUGCUACAUCGCAGGGUCCUAUGCAUCCUGGCUUCCAGCCUUACUACCCCGUCAACCCGUACAUGCCCGGCCUCAACGGCGUUAAUGGCAUGCCCGUCAACUACGGCGCUGCUCCAGCGAAUGGCAACUACAACAUCAACAUGCUUACUGCUGGUAUGCAGAACAUGGGGAUGAAUGGCGCUAUGAACGGGAACAUGACCGGCAUGGCUCCCAUGUACCCUGGCCAAAACUUUGUUCCGCCUUACAAUCCUAUGCCCUACAACAAUGGCAACACCAAUGGUAAUGCGAACAAUGGCGGCAACGCCAACAUGGGGCAGCAAGCUCUCCAGCAGCCCCGCGACAGCCAAGCGCGAGUGAUGCAGAACCGCCGCCAGGCAGACAACGAAGCUAUGAGUCGUUACAGUGGCUUACCUCUAGAACACUUCCAUGGACAAAUCUACGAACUUUGCAAAGACCAGCAUGGAUGUCGCUACCUCCAAAAGAAGCUUGAGGAGCAAAACCCAGAUGCGGUUCAUAUGAUCUGGCUCGAGACGAACCAGCACGUCAUCGAGCUAAUGACCGACCCUUUUGGCAACUAUCUGUGCCAGAAGCUUCUUGAAUAUUGCAACGACGAGGAGCGCACAAUUCUGAUCCAGAAUGCUGCCCAAGAUAUGGUUCGCAUUGCUUUGAACACGCAUGGUACUCGAGCGCUGCAGAAGAUGAUUGAGUAUGUUCAAUCUCCUCAGCAGAUUCAGGUCAUCAUUGAGGCGCUUCGUUUUCGUGUCGUCGAGCUUAUUCAGGACCUGAAUGGCAACCAUGUCAUCCAGAAAUGCCUGAACAAGCUCAGCUCCCCCAACUCACAGUUCAUUUUCGAUGCUGUUGGCGGUAGCUGCGUCGAAGUCGGCACGCAUCGCCACGGCUGCUGCGUCCUACAACGCUGCAUUGACCACGCCUCUGGCGAGCAGAAGCUCUGGCUCAUUCAACGCAUCACGGAACACGCUCGGGUACUUGUUCAAGACCCAUUCGGCAACUAUGUCGUGCAGUACAUAAUCGACCUCGGCGAGCCUACCUUCACUGAGCCUAUCGUCGCCACAUUCCAGGGUUGUGUAAGCCAGCUGUCCCGACACAAGUUCAGCUCCAAUGUCAUGGAGAAGUGCUUGCGUUGUGCCCUGCCCCCGUCCAAGGACAUGAUUGUCGAGGAGAUGAUCAGUGCUCAGGAGAUUGAGCGCCUCAUUCGCGACUCCUACGCAAAUUACGUCGUCCAGACCGCGCUUGAGUACGCAACGCCAUCGCAAAAGCACCGCUUGGUGGAGGCCAUUCGCCCAGUAUUGCCCUCUAUCCGCAACACGCCAUACGGACGUCGCAUCCAGGCCAAGAUAUCCACUUACGAUGGCCGCGGCAGCGUGACUGCCUCUGGCCAAGCUACACCGGCAGAUAACACGCAGGGCCAGAUUCCUCUCCGCCCCGCCCACCAAGCUCGAGGCCCGGCCGUAAAUGGAGGAUCUGGUCACUCCUCCCAGACUGGAAGCCAGGUUCUCGAACAGGCCUUGAACGCCUACCAGAACUCAGGUGCCCAGCAAUCUCCUGCCAAUGGCCAUGGCAGCAACAACAACAAUAUCAACAACAACCAGGGUCACAUGAACGGCAAUGUGACGCAGCCUCCCUCGGGCCAGCAAGGUCAGCAGGGUAACGGGGGUCCGUGGAUGUAA